AUGGCAUCCACCAAAACUACUUCUGCAGCCACCUCUACAACCAACACCAUGGCACAACCAAGCAAACCAGCGGUUCGUAGAUUUGUAGGUGUUCGACAAAGACCUUCAGGAAGAUGGGUUGCAGAAAUUAAGGACUCAUCACAACGGGUAAGACUAUGGCUAGGAACGUAUGAUACCCCUGAAGAAGCAGCUCGGGCUUAUGACGAAGCUGCCAGAGCUCUACGAGGGGAGAAUGCCAGAACCAACUUUGCGCCAGUUAAUCCCAAUUCAUACCAAUCGGGUUCCUCCCCUUCUAAGGGUGGGUUCGUGUCAGAAUCUGAGGAGCGGAAUGGGCUCAGCUUCUCUUCCUUGAAAGCCAAACUUAGCAAGAACUUGCAAAGUAUCAUGGCUAGGACAUCAGAUAAUAAAUCAUCUAAAAGCAGAGUAAGUGAUCACUUCACUUUCGCUAGCAUAUUCCACUCAAGGAGUUACCAUUACCAAAGCCCUGUUGACAUGAAGAGUAUGGAGAAGGUGGUGCAACCAAGCAUCAUUGUCCCACAUGUUGCAGAUGAGCCCUCGUGGGAAAGCUCAAGUGUGUCAGAUUGUAGUACGGAAUGGGUUGGAUUCCGGCAACAUGGAUUGGAUUCUGAUGGAUCAGAUAUUGGAGAGAUUUCUGCUAGCGAACAAGGGUUUGUUGAUCAAAUGAUGGGGUGGAUAGAUAGUCCAGAGUUGAGCAUCAGCACGAGUGAAGUCUCAAGGAGUAAAAGGUUCAAGGUCUCUUCUUCUGUGGUGGUUCCCCCAACCUUUAGUGGCUCUCCAUAUAAUGGUGAGAACUAA